AGUAACCCUACCUAUGUAUUUCAGCGAGGCCGUGCCAGGGGGGGCUUGCAGCGCUGCCUUCUGGUCUGGUGAGAGAGGCGCUUCCGGCCUCAACUACUGAACCCGGUUCUCCAAGGCCACGCCGGAGCAAACAGGGUUGCGGCGUGACAGGUGACAAUGAAGAGGUCGCAGAGCCCGGGGACGUCGUCCGACUUCUCCCUGGAGACGGAUGACCGCACGGAAGAGGAGAGGUUGCUGGCUAAACCGGUCAACAAGGACGGUCUGGUGUCUGCGCUGAACAUGGGCAGCAUGGGCAGGCCCGAAGCCCCCAUGGACACCAACUACCAGGAGGAGAUGGAAAAGGCCAAGCCCAAGAUGAAGUUCGAUCUCACCUUUGACAAAAAAAUUCGAGGUUUGGAGGACAGCGAAGACGGGCAAGCUGACAGGAGAUACGACAUCAACAGGCUGUUUGAAGCGGUGGCCAAUGGGAAUAUCGGGGAGCUCGAGGGCCUGCAUCAGUACCUGCGUCAGAACAUGAAGAAACUCAGCAACUUGGAGUAUCAGUCCUACGGCAAAAAUGCUCUGAUGAAGGCUCUUUUGAAUCUCCGAGAUGGGAAGAACGAGGCAGUGGAAUUUCUCCUUGACAUUUCCGAGCGGAUGGGGGACAUCAAAGGGUUUGUGAACGCAGCCUACACUGACAACUACUACAAAGGCCAGACAGCUCUUCACAUUGCAAUUGAGAGGAGGAGCAGCUAUUAUGUCCAGCUGCUGGUCAGUAAAGGGGCAGACGUCCACGCCAAAGCCUCUGGGAAAUUCUUCCAGCAGCACGACGGCCCCAGUUUCUACUUUGGUGAGCUCCCUCUCUCUCUGGCAGCCUGCACCAACCAGCCACAGGUGGUGGACUUCCUAAUGGAGAAUAAGUCCCCGAGGGUGGAUAUUCAGCAGACGGACUCGCAGGGUAACAUGGUGCUGCACGCCCUGGUGGCGGUGGCUGACAACACUAGGGAAAGUACCGACUUUAUUACCAGAAUGUAUGACCAUAUCCUGACCGCCGCUGCAAGGAUCCAUCCAGAUUUGAGGCUGGAGGACAUGGUGAAUAAUCAGGGGCUGACGCCUCUCAAACUAGCUGCCAAGACCGGCAAGAUUGGGAUCUUUGAACACAUUCUGCAUCGGGAGUUUCAAGAGAGUCACACCAAACACUUGUCCCGCAAGUUCACAGAAUGGGUGUAUGGGCCCAUCCACUGCUCCCUUUAUGACCUGGCCUGUCUGGACUCAUAUGAAGAUAACUCCGUCCUGGAGAUACUAGUGUAUGGCAGUGACACACCUAAUCGUCACAAGAUGCUCCAGAUUGAGCCCCUGACCAGGCUGCUGGAGGAAAAGUGGAGCAGGUUUGCCGGGCGACUCUUCUUCUUUAGCUUCCUGGUCUACAUCCUGUACCUCUCUGUCUUCACUGCCGUCGCCUACAACAAGAACACGGAUGAGCCACCGUUCAGCAUCAAGCACAGCGCAGAGGGUUACCUGUACCUGGCCGGUCAGCUGCUGACAGCCCUGGCAUCCUGCUACUUCUUUAUCAGAGGGAUUUCAGACAUGAGGAGAAAGCGACUGAAGCUGCAGACGUUGCUGAUCGACGGCUAUUUUGAGGUUCUUUUUUUUACACAGGCCGUCUUGUUCCUACUCUCGGCGGUGCUCUACUGCUGCGGGAGGCAUGAGUACCUUGGCUUCCUGGUGUUGAGUCUUGCUCUGAGCUGGGUCAACCUGCUCUACUUCUCCAGAGGCCACAGACACAUGGGCAUCUACAGCGUCAUGAUACAGAAGAUGAUCCUUGGUGAUAUCCUGCGCUUCCUCUUUGUUUACAUUGUCUUCUUGUUUGGAUUUUCAGCAGCGGUGGUGACCCUGUUCUCCGAUUCCCCUGUGAACAACACAACCAGCCAUGAGGGUCACAAGGAGCCAGGCGUCUGUGGGCCUUGCGACCCUGAAGAGCCAAGGCACGGCCAAAAAUCCACCUUCAGAAACAUCUCCUAUACCACCCUGGAGCUCUUCAAAUUUACCAUUGGUAUGGGUGACCUGGAGUUCACUGAGAGGUACCAGUACAAGGAGGUGUUCUACAUGCUCGUCAUCACCUACAUCAUCCUCACUUAUAUCCUACUGCUCAACAUGCUCAUUGCCCUCAUGAGCCGCACUGUGGAGAAGAUCACCCUGGAGAGCACCAGCAUCUGGAAACUACAGAGGGCAAUCACUAUCUUGGAUCUGGAGAAGUGGCUUCCUCACUGCAUGAGAAAGAGGUUUCGCUCCGGGGUGGAGAAGCCACUAGACGGCACAGCUGGACUUGACCGGCGCUGGUGCUUCAGAGUGGAGGAAGUCAACUGGAACAAGUGGAACAUCAACCUGGGCAUAAUCAACGAGAAUCCCGGCGACUGGCUCCUACUGCCCAGCUCACACGUUCUGCAGGAUGCAGGGAGGCGCUGGGGAGGCUUCUUGCGGGAAGUCAGUCGGCGGGCCAGGCACCGCCAGCAGAGCCGGCAGGGCACGGAGAUGACGACGCCUGCGUCCGCCACUCCGGUCUAAAACAACGACACAAGAAACGACAGAGAACCUCACGCGCGGCCAUUUUCUUACCUGCCGGUUGACCUGCGCGAUUUCAUCCCAACCCAGUAUCCUGUUAGUCUCUCAUGUAACACCACGUGGUGGAUUGCAGGUUUUGACUUUUCAACUCAUUCGUCAGCGUGACUCUACAUCAAGCUGAAAUAAAGUAUUGCUGUGAUGUCGGAACAACAUAAGAUAAAUGCAGUUGGU